AUGUCCAAGGAAGUUGUGUUAGGAGGUGAUGUUUGGGAUCUUCUUGAUGAGCUGAUGGUUUAUAUGGGAAAUCCAAUGCAAUACUAUGAGAGAGAUGUCAAGUUUGGUGUUCUUCUAUCUGGACCUCCUGGAACUGGCAAAACACUUUUUGCGAGGACACUAGCCAAGGAAAGUGGAAUGCCAUUUGUUUUUGCUUCAGGUGCUGAGUUCACAGACAGUGAGAAAAGUGGUGCUGCAAGAAUUAAUGAAAUGUUUUCAAUUGUAAGGAGAAAUGCUCCUUCUUUUGUAUUUGUGGAUGAAAUCGAUGCUAUUGAUGGAAGGCAUGCAAGAUUAGAUCCUCGAGGGAGAGCAACUUUUGAGGCUUUGAUUGCACAGCUUGAUGGGGAAUAA